UGUUAGCAAAAAACUUUGCAGGAUGUAUUAUUGCUGCUAAAUCUUUCCCAUGUAAUCCAUUAGGUACUCUCUGUUUUUGUCAACUGUUUUUGGUGUUUAUAUGUGUUUUUUACAUCCUUAUUACCUGAAUAAGUCUACACUUUAUGUAAUGGGUAAUCACCUUUUCUAUAAAUAAAUAAGAGGAAUACUUCAUCUUGGAAAAAUGCUAAAAGAAAAGAUUAAGUGGAAGCUGAAUUGGUCAAGAUUACAGAAUAGAUAUAAGAAAUGACAGGCAAGUUUAAACUGACUUGGUCUACACCAAAAUCAAUAACCAAGCAGUCCCCUUCAACUUCAAGAGUUCAAGUUUCCUUCAUCCUUCACUCCCUCAACGGUGCCGAUCUACUUAUCAAGUAUGGCUGAAUCUUCUUCUUCCCUGCAAAAUAUAAACUCAGUGAUUGAGCAAGUUAUCAUCAAGAACAAGUAUGGUGAAAAGCUUGUGGGCGUAUUAUACGAAACUAGCUCAAAAGAAGUCAUAAUCCUAUGCCAUGGACUUGCAUCCAAGAAGGAAUGUUCGGUUAAUUUAAUCCUCACCGAUGCUUUAACAAAAGAAGGAAUCAGUGUUUUCUGCUUUGAUUUCUCAGGAAACGGGGAAAGUGAAGGUACUUUUGAGUUCGGUAAUUACAGUAAAGAGGCUGAUGAUUUGCAUUCUGUAGUCAUGUAUUUCUCAGGGCUGAAACGGGUGAUUGGUGGAAUUCUCGGUCAUGGUAAAGGAGGAAAUUCAGCGCUUGUAUAUGCUUCUAAGUAUCAUGAUGUAGCAACAGUUGUGAGUCUUUCUGCGCGCUACUAUAUGGAUAAAGGAAUCGAAGAGUUGUUGGGUAAAGAUUAUAUGUCAAGAAUUAAGGAAAAGGGAUAUUUGGAUUUUAUUGGUGAUGAAGGAACUCAGUACCGCGUCACAGAAGAGAGUUUAAUGGAACGCCUUGGUACUGAUAUGCAUGCCUUGUGCCUCUCAAUUGCACCCGAUUGCAGGGUGUUUUCUGUUUAUGGUGAUGCAUCUGCACUUAUGAAAGAUUUAUUCGAGUUUAUUGAAGCCAUACCUAAUAACAAAACGCGUAUUGUCGGAGGCGCUGAUCAUAAUUUCAAUAAUCAUCAAUCUGGUUUAGUUAUGAUGGUGAUGUCUAUUAUAAAGGAACGUCUUCAGAAGACCCAACAUCACCCAUAAUUCCAGGACCAUAUUCAACUUCGUAAAGUUAUACUGUAGCUGCUAAUCAGCGGUAGCUAAUAUGUAUUUUCGAGAGUAAUUGUUUACAACUUUGUUCACUUAAACUCAUCUAUGUAAAUUUUUGUUACAACUUGAAUAAAUUUGUACCCAGCUGUCUCUUCAAGAA